AGCAAGGAAAUGACGAGAUAAGAAGACACUCAUGCGAUAAGCCAGCUCCAAUUAUCCCUGCAUGUUUCUCAAUCUUCAUGACUUAUCUCUGCCCUGCCCUGAGGAUAAACACGACUUUUAACUCACCCUGUAUAAACCCUGGCUGCUCUGUGUUCAUGAGGACGCAACAGUUUCUGUUUUCAGAUGAGGAGGAGUUUACAAUCAUCUUCAUGAUUCAACUUCCUCCUGCAGUGGAUGAUGGGCGUUGCCUUCCCUACUUUUCUGAAAGGUGUGGCGAGUCGGUCUUACUGUGAAAUUCCUCAUCUGACAUCGAUCCUGUCCUUUCACCAAGGUAAGACAGCUACUUUACUGGCGUUUGAUUACGGAUUUUUCAAGUGUUCAGCCUUCAUGUUUUAGUUUUCUGACAAUGAGCUAGGCUGAUGCGCAAACACACCACGGCUUUGGUGGAAAAAUCUUGCUUCAGACUACAGUGGUCGACAUGGGUUUGGUUUUGGCGUUUCUAGUCCUGCGUGCUUGAUUUUAACGUCUCGUCUCUUUUUUUAUCUGUCAAAUGAGGCUAGUUAUUGUGAACUUCCAAGAAGACAUUUAUGGAGUAAUUCGGGAAACGUUUAAUGAUGCUUGAAAGUUAGUGGAAAAAGAGGAGGAGACAUGCAAAGUCAUUCAAAUACAAAAAUAUAAAGUUAUGUUUAAUCUCAGAUCCUGAUUAUGUCUGCUUUUGUCUUCAGUGUGAGGCUUUCUUCUGAACUGCAAAGAUGUCUGUGUGGGUAAGUGAUUGUUUACUACAAGAGUUUUGAUAUAGGUUUUACUCAAUGCCUUACAAUUGUGAGAUACAAGAGACAAACUGAACAUGUGUUUUGUUUUGCAGGAUGAUUUGGACCUGCUCCUAGACACCCCCUCCUCACUAACUGUGACAGUAAGUUUGAUCAAACCCUCAGUGUGGGUACUAAGUCUCAUGGAUGUGGAAAAAUAGUUAAUGUGCUUGGAUAUACUUUCAUGCAUGCACAAAGAUAUCACAUUGAAUUUGGUUAGUUGUUGUUAUUGUGUCUGAUAUUGUCAUGUUUCCAUCAGUCCAAUGCCAGAGGAACUGUAAAAGACGCAGCGAAUUUCAAAGUAGAAGAAGAUGUGGCUGCACUACGAAAAGCAAUUGAGGGCAUUGGUGGGUUAAUAAGUUACAUUUGUCACCACAGUUUGAAAGCUCACGUAAAGUAUUUGAAUAAUUUGCCUUCACAUAUGAGCAUCAGCUAGGGCCAUAAUAAGCAGUAAGCAUCUCUUGUGUUGUCUUUGACCAACAGGUACAACAGAAAAGACCCUUAUUGAGGUGUUGACCGGAAGAAGUAACUUUCAGCGUCAGCAAAUUGCAAAGGCUUAUCAGAAAGCAACUGGACGGGUAAAAAAAACUGAACUACAACUUUAAUAUUACGACAAUCAUGAAGGUGAUGUUAGAGUGAAAUCUCUUGGUCUUCAUCAGACAUUAGUUGCUGACCUGGAGGGUGACACUCAUGGAGACUUUGAGGACUUGUUGGUUGCCUUGGUAACAGCUCCUGAUGUGUUUGACUGUCAUGAAGUCAUCAGAGCCAUCAAGGUGAGAAAAAAAGAAGUCCAACAUUAAUGUUUGACAAUAACCGAACAGUGUUUUAAGCUAUCAGACUACAACGUGUCUUCUCUCUCUUAUCAGUAAAUUGUGUAUUCAAUAUGACCUGCAGGGUGCGGGGACCACAGAGAGCACGCUGACUGAAAUCUUUGCUUCCAGAUCCAACAGACAGAUCAAGGCCCUGUCUGAAGCGUACCUAGCUGGUUAGUCUCUUCAGUACAAAAAUGUGAUAUUUCUUAGAUUGUGAAAUCAUUGUCUAUUACGUAAUAUGCCUGUUGUGAAAUUCUGUGUAUGAUGCUCUGUCAUUUCAGAAACAGGAAAAUUGAUGAUUCAUGAUCUAAAGUCAGAGGUGUCUGGGGAGUAUGGCAAAGCAUUGCUGAUUUUAGCUGAGGUACUGUCCAUUAACCAUAAAGAGAGACAUGCUGUAUGUACAAAUCCAGCUAAUGCAAACUAGACCUUAAACAUUAUAUUGAUAGUGGCAAGAUAACUCUCAAAAUUUAGCCCCUUAAAAAUGGGGAAAAUUAAAUCUGCUAUAAGAGGCUUUUAUUAUGUAAUAUACAUUUUCAACAUAUCUGUGUACCACAAAAGGUUGUCUUUUGUACUGCUUAAUGACAAACACAUUUAAACUUACCACAAACAUCUUAAGAAACAUAAUGAUAACUGUUCAGUAGUUAGCAAUCUUUCAUUAUAUUUGGUUGUUUUAAGUUUUACCGAACUUUGUUUCUCUUUAUCCUCACAGGGCAAAAGAGACGAGAGCACCAAUGUGGAUUCUGCCAAGGCUAAAGCAGACGCCAAGGUACUCUCACGUUGUUUUCAACCAGUUUCUCCAAAUACUCCAAAUACCUGAUGAUGCAAAUCAAAUAUUUGAAGCCACUGAAGUACACAGCUGUAGAGGACAGUGCAGAGUAGUAUAACUACAACACAGACUUCCUGUUGUUUAGAAAUUCUUGUCCUAACCUCAGCAAACACUCAUGUCAGCUAACUCAGAUCUCUUGUGCUUUCGAGCCUGAACAUGUUUUUACCCAUGCUAAACAUGUAAACACUGUCCCUUGUAUUGAAGUCACUGGGUCUGGUCAUGAGAAACCUCUAUUUAUAUUCACAAAACCAUGCAUGUUGGGUAUAAAGUAAGAACUGUAUGCAUUCCUCUCUCACUGUUGUCACACUCAGGCCUUGUAUGAAGCAGGAGAGAAGAAGUGGGGAACAGAUGAGGAGAAAUUUAUCGAUGUCCUGUGCCACAGGAGUGUCCCCCAGCUUCGCCAGAGUGGGUACACCUCUUAUACUGUAUACCUCCUGAAAAUAAUCAUAUAAAAUCCAAGACCCUGAACAUGUGUAGCUGCACUUCUCUCUUUGAGAUUGCAUUUGCAGGGACAUACAUACAUAAGCUAGUGUCAGGAAGCUCAUGCAGAGUAGGCAUAGAGUUCAAUAUUAUGGUUGGGCCUGCUAGCAUGCAUACACAAGCUUGUUUAUUGUAGUCCUGCAGAAAUCAGUUAAAAGGAAGCUUUACAAAAUGAAGUUAUGUCUCGAUAGCGGAGCUCAAUGUUCUGUAAAGAAUCAGUAAAUAUUCAACAAGAGUAAUCUUUGUUUAUCCUUCUGUACCAGUAGAGAAAUACUGUCUUUAAAAGCUUUUUAAUGCUUUUUGCAGCUCUGGUGGAGUACAAGAACCUCAGUAAGAAGACUCUGCAGGAGAGCAUUGAAAGUGAGAUGUCUGGAAACCUGGAGAAAAUACUCGUGGCUGUUGGUAAGAGAAUUAUCUUCUCUAAUAUUCUCUUAUUCUUAAAUUCUCCUUCUUUAUAAGAGCUUGACUUUUUACUUUUUUUCUUACCAGUAAAGUGUGUGAAGAGUGUUCCUGUGUACCUCGCCGAGAGACUUUUUAAGAGCAUGAAGGUAAAGCUCUUCAGUAUGUCUGUUUCUAUCGAAGCCAACAGGUUUAGUUCCAACCAACUAAAAAACUAAACCCACACACUGUACCCUGCGCUCUUAAACCACAGCAGAUAUCUGUAUUUGUCAGCAGUGGUGUGGAAAGGAAUGUUAAGCCUCUGAUUUAGUGCUGCUGCUUUGUCAAAAUGUGCGACAAGAUGAAUUGCAGGCCACCAAAACAAAUGACUCCAGGCAAAGGCAGCCAUUUUUUUGGAUGUGCCCAAAUAUUUAUGUUCAGAAUUAGAUGUAAAGUCUUGAUGGUGAUUGUUUUGAUGAAAUAGUGAUAUUGAUGGUAAAGGAUUUUAAAAGAUCUGUCAAAAAUAUCUCUAAUUGGGUUUUUUUCCAGGGUGCGGGGACCACUGAGUCCACACUGACCAGGAUAAUAGUCUGUCGUUCAGAAAUUGAUUUACUCGACAUCAGAGCCGAGUACAAGAAGCUGUUUGGGGUUUCCCUCUACACCCAGCUAGAGGUCAGUGUUGUUGUUUUUACAUGGAUUUUUGAGAUGUUAGAAAAGAUGUUUUGUGUGGCAGACUUAUUGUGAAUUUCACAUAUUUAUUCCUCUCUCUCUCUCCAUGUGUGUGCAGUCUGAAGUUUCUGGCAGUUACGGUAACGCCCUCAAGCAUCUGGUUGGCCAAGAUGACUAACUCCUCUCAGCCUCUGUGAUGAGAAACAUGUGGUUUGAAGUGAAGCUUUUCCCCAGCUGAUGGGGAAAACUGUAUCGUAAAAUGACGAUGACCCGUCAUUGACCUUAACAACAGCGUGAUGUAUUUGCUAACACUCUGCUGGAACGAACCAUCUUGAGAUGCUUCUUGAAGUGGAAUUCCAGCAAUGUUCAACCACAGAUUCAUAUUUUAAAACCAGAUUGCUGUGCCUUAAAGAAGAAGAAGCUUUUAUUCAUGGAUCUGUGGUUGGAUGUCAAAUAUUAUGAAAGUGUUGGAACUCUAUGUGCCUGAUAGCCCUUACAAAUGUAACAUUUCUUUACGAGUCUUAAUUCCUGGUACAUUGUAAUAGAUUUUCUUUUAUAUAAAUCAUGUCCUUGAUUUCAGAUUAAAGAAAACAAAGGUUA